CUUGCCCUUUGUUUCUCCCUUCUAUUUAGUUUUGCUCAGAAUUUCUCCAUCAGAUAGCCAAGCCCCCUCUCUUCUUCUCUGAAUUUCAAGAGAAAGAGAGCUUAACAGAGCGGGUGAUUAUACUGGAGGAUGAGAUAUGGUGGGACUUAGUGUAUUAUUGGAAGGUCAAAAUGGUAGUAGUACUACUGCUACAACUGCUGUUGGUGGUGAUGGCAAGAAAAUCCCGCAAGUUAUUAACAAGGCCACUAUGGUGAUCAAUACCAACACCAAACCCUUCUCUCCCUCUGCUCUGCCUUAUUACCCCAAAAAUUUUAACCACUCUCCCUAUUUGCCACCCAAUCCCAAUUUCCUUGAAAAAUGCUUUCUGUGCAAGCAGAAACUCUUGCUUGGCAAAGACAUCUACAUGUACAAGGGAGAUAGGGGCUUUUGCAGCGUGGAGUGCAGGUACAAUCAGAUUCUGAUGGAUGAGGAGGAGAUUGUUCGCAAUGAAAUGCACUGCUCAAUGGUGGCCAUGAAACCCAAUUCUGCUUCUUCUUCUUCAGCUUCUUCUUCCAGAGGCUCAAACCGAAACAAAGGGAGCAGAAACAGAGCGGGUGGAUUUGCCUACUGAGAGAGCAAGAAAAACCAGUUGGAACUGAGAAAUUGGUUUCUUUGUUGUAUCCCCUUUGUACCCCUUUGUUUGUUUCGAAAUGACCUUCUUGUCCCCUUUUGUAGUUUCUUUGCUUCCUGGUUUGAGGCCAAAAGAAUCCAACUAGUUUUGUCCCCCAUCACAUUAUGUAUGUGAUAAUGUAGCCCAUAGUUUUGGUUGUACCUCACAUUGUUUAGAACACAAACUAUGGAGGACAGUCUUGAGUGUAAUUUGUGACA